UCGUCAGUCGACUGGCGAGUAGCGAGCGGUGAGGAUCUCACAUCGCUGUAUAGGCAUACGUACACCUCGCACGAUAUGUAACGUGACCGCGAGUGACGGUGACUUUGACACGAUGAAGUUUCCAGUGUUGUUGUUGUUGGGACCGUGCGUGGUGCUGGGGCUGGGAGGUGGCAACGACAUCGGCAGCUCCAGUCGCAUCGGCGGGCAUCCCAUCAUCCUGCACGGGCACGGGACCGCAGGGGAGUUGACCAAGUGUCCGUGGGCCUGCUCCUGUGUAGGACUCACUGUUGACUGUUCACAUCGAGGACUCACCCAGGUGCCCAGGAAUCUGCCCAAGGAUGCCGAGAGAGUGGAUCUUCAAGGCAACAACCUUACAGUGGUUUUCGAAACUGACUUCGAAGGAAUGUCCAGCUUGAGGAUUUUGCAACUGACGGACAACCAGAUCCACACCAUAGAGAAAGGUGCCUUCCAGAACCUCGAGUCUCUAGAGCGACUGAGGCUCAACAACAACCAGUUGCGCCAUCUGCCGGACUUGUUGUUUGGAAACAUGCCUCAUCUCAUCAGGCUGGAUCUCAGUCACAACCAACUGCAGAUGAUCGGCCGCAAGACGCUGAGAGGUAUCCCGGCAGUCAAAACAUUGCAGUUGGACAACAACCACCUAACAUGUGUGGACGAGGUGGCAGUCAGUAGCCUCAAGGAGUUAGAGAUACUGACUUUGAACAACAACAACCUGACGUCCCUGCCAGAGAACCUGUUCUCGGAGUUGUUCCGGCUGCGGACGCUGCGACUGUCGGACAACAACCUGAUCUGUGACUGCCACUUGUCCUGGUUGGCGAGGUGGCUGCGUCGUUUUCCUCGACUGGCGCUUUACACGAGAUGUUUCUCCCCCACACAACUCAAGGGACAGAACGUAGCUGACCUUCACGACCAGGAGUUCAAGUGUUCAGGUCUUGUGGAGAGGCCGAGCGGGGAGUGCCAGAGCGAGCCCCAGUGUCCACACCCUUGUCGCUGCGCUGACGGCAUCGUGGACUGCAGGGAGAAGGCGCUUGCCAAAGUGCCAGACCAUCUACCCGAGGGCACUACCGAACUGAGGCUCGAGCAGAACGACAUCACGGAGAUCCCUCCCAAAGCCUUCGCCUCGUACAAGCGACUGCGCAGAAUAGAUCUGAGCAAGAACCAAAUUUCUAAAGUGGCAGUGGAUGCUUUCUUGGGACUCAAGUCACUAACGUCUUUGGUUCUCUACGGCAACAAGAUUAAGGACCUUCCCGCAGGCGUCUUCCACGGCCUCUCUUCACUGCAGCUUUUGUUAUUGAACGCAAAUGAGAUCUCCUGCAUCCGAAAAGACACGUUCAAGGACCUCCAUGCACUCAACUUACUAUCUCUAUACGACAACAACAUUCAGUCCUUGGCCAAUGGGACCUUCGAUACCAUGCGGAGUAUCCAAACACUACACCUCGGUCGUAACCCCUUCAUCUGUGACUGUAACCUCCGCUGGCUCGCAGAGUACCUCCACCGCAACCCCAUAGAGACGUCCGGUGCUCGCUGCGAGACGCCCAAGAGAAUGCAGCGACGUCGCAUCGAGGCUCUUCGUGACGAGAAGUUCAAAUGUAAGGGUGUUGAAGAGUUCCGUACCAGGUUUGCUGGUGACUGUCUCAUUGAUAGCGUAUGUCCGAGUGGUUGCUCCUGUGAUGGUACUAUUGUUGACUGUUCUGGUCGAAGUCUGAAAGAGAUACCCAAAGACAUACCUAUGUACACAACUGAGCUAUUGUUGAAUGACAAUGAGAUUGGUCGUAUCAAGUCUGAUGGAUUAUUUGGACGAUUGCCAAACUUGGUCAAGUUGGAUUUACGUCGCAAUCAAAUCACUGGAAUUGAGCAGAAUUCAUUUGAAGGCUGUGCAAGGCUUUCUGAACUUCUGUUAGCUGAAAACAAGAUCAGAGAAGUUCACAACAAGAUGUUUACUGGGCUCCACAAUUUGAAAUCAUUGUCUCUCUAUGGAAAUGAAAUCACCUGUGUCAUGCCUGGUUCUUUUGAUUACCUCGCAAACCUCCAUACAUUGAAUCUGGUGUCGAACCCAUUCAUCUGCAACUGUCACCUGGCGUGGUUUGCUGAGUGGGUACGCAAGAGAGAGUUAGUGGCUGGUAGUCCGAGGUGUGCUGGGCCUGUACGAGUCAAGGAUGUAGCUAUACAUGAGCUGCCAGCUCACGAGUUCAAGUGUCUGAGUGAGAACGACCAGGGCUGCCUGGGAGAUAACUACUGUCCGCCCAAGUGUUCCUGUACUGGCACCAUAGUCAGGUGUAGCCGUGCCAAGCUCACAGAGAUACCCCGAGGCAUCCCCGCGGAGACAUCUGAACUGUACCUAGAUGUGAAUGAAAUCCAAAGCAUUCGUCAAGACAGAAUCAGUCACCUGAAGUCCCUCGUGAGAUUAGAUCUCAGCAACAACCAAAUAAACAUCCUGUCAAACUUCACAUUUGUCAACCUCAGCAAGCUGGAAACUUUAAUAAUCAGCUACAACAAACUGCAAUGCAUAGAGAGAGAUGCAUUAGCUGGGUUGAAAAUGCUUAAGAUUUUAUCUCUGCAUGGGAACGACAUUUCAAUGGUGCCUGAUGGAACAUUUUCAGAUCUACAUGCUAUUUCACAUUUGGCGCUGGGUUCCAACCCUCUGUACUGUGACUGUAGUCUGCGGUGGCUGGCAGAGUGGGUCAAGAGAGACUACGUAGAGCCAGGCAUUGCUAGAUGUGUGGAGCCACCCAGUAUGAAAGACAAGCUGUUACUCACUACUCCAGCGGUUGCCUUCCAAUGCAAGGGCCGUGUGAGCAGCGACAUACUGGCCAAAUGUAACGCCUGCUACACCAACCCUUGCUCCAACGAGGGAGUGUGCGAGCCGCUACCUGAGCGUCAGUACAACUGUCGUUGCUCCCCUGGCUACCACGGCAACCACUGCCAGUACAUGAUAGAUGCAUGCUACGGAAAUCCCUGUCGUAACUCUGGAACAUGCAAGUUGCUGGAGGAAGGGAGAUUUAGCUGUCACUGUGCUCCGGGCUACACCGGGAUACGUUGUGAGAGCAAUAUUGAUGACUGUCUGACCAACAAGUGUGAGAACAAUGCGACCUGCAUUGACCUGGUGCUGGCAUACGAGUGCAGGUGCUUACCUGGAUAUAUGGGUGAAUACUGUGAAAAGAAGAUCCCCUUCUGUACAAAGGAGUUCAACCCUUGCAAGAAUGGAGCAACAUGUGUGAACCACUUCACCCACUACACCUGUGAGUGUAAGCCAGGGUUCACAGGGGAGAACUGCACAGUGGACAUUGACGACUGCCAGAACCAUCUCUGUCAGAAUGGUGCAUCUUGUGUGGAUGGUGUCAAUGACUACAGCUGCAAGUGUACAGGAGAUUUCACUGGCAAGUUCUGUGAGAUACCUCCAAUGGUAGCGAUGCUAUACCCACAAACCUCCCCUUGUCAACACCAUGACUGCAAGAAUGGGAUAUGCUUCCAACCCAUGGGCUCUAACGACUACAUCUGCAAAUGUGCCCCUGGCUACACAGGUAAACGUUGUGAGUACUUGACAAGCCUCAGUUUUGUACACAACACCAGCUUUGUAGAGCUGGAGCCCCUGAGGACCAAGCCUGAGGCCAAUGUAACUGUCAUCUUCUCUACAACUCAGGACAAUGGAGUGAUCAUGUACGAUGGCCAAAACGAACAUCUUGCUGUAGAACUGUUUAAUGGCCGUAUCCGAGUCAGCUACGACGUAGGAAAUUACCCUGUCUCUACAAUGUACAGUUUUGAGAUGGUGGCUGAUGGGAAGUACCACGUGGUUGAAUUGUUGGCCAUCAAGAAGAACUUUACUCUGAGGGUAGACAGAGGUCUGGCUCGCUCCAUCAUCAACCAGGGAGAACAAGAGUUCCUGCGACUUACCUCACCCCUCUACAUUGGGGGUAUCCCUCCUGAGCCGGGACAAAACGCCUUCUCACAGUGGCACCUCCGCAACCUCACUAGUUUCAAUGGAUGUAUGAGGGAGCUGUGGGUGAACCACAAGCAAGUAGACUUCACCAACGCGGCUCGGCAGCAGAAGGUGACUCCAGGCUGCUCACUGAUGCAAGACGAGGACCAGAUGGUAGAGGAGGAAGGAGGGAGGAUAGAGCAAGAGGAGGAUGAGGACGAGGAGGAUGAGGACCCCUGCCGCAACAACCAGUGCCGCAGAGGAAGUAAGUGUGUCGCCAAGAGCCCGGGUGAAUACGUGUGCAAGUGCCAGCCAGGAUGGAGUGGCAAAUAUUGUGAACAGGCACCUACAUGUCGCAAGGAGCAGACCAGAGAGUACUACAGUGAGAAUGGCUGCAGGUCUCGCAAGCCCGUCAAGAUGGCCAAGUGCGAAGGAAGCUGCGGCUCCAGCUGCUGUCGCGCACGCAAGACUAAGAGGCGCAAAGUGCGUUUAAUAUGCAACGACGGGACACGAUACACCAAAGACGUGGAGAUCGUGCGCAAGUGCGCGUGCACCAAGAAGUGCUACUGACUAUCUGGCCCCUCCCACUCCACACAUGUAGCCUUGCCCCAUGUUCAACUCGACCCACCAGCUCUCAUCAGGCCUCACUGGACCACUACCAAUAGAUUCUUCUUUUAUUUUGUAUAUAUUUCCAUUGUCAGUAGCUUAUUUAUUAUUGUGAUGUGGUCGCUGUGUGUUUGUCUUUUCCUUCUCCUCCCGUAGGGUCGGCUCAUCUACAUGACAGCCUGCUAACCUAACCUCGCUAACAAAUUCUUUAUUUUUACAGUAACGAGAAAAAUGAAUGUUUAGCUUAGUUGUGAUUGUAUGCUUAAACUGUGAUAUGUCUUUUAUCUUUAUCGUUUUGAGCGCUAGCAACAAUAGUAAAUCUCUCUUUAUCGAUUUUUUGUUGUGUUAUUAGUUUUAACAAAACCUAGGUAAUAGAGUACGGUAAUUGCUAUAAGAUAUAAGAGACACUUAUUGAGUAUAAAAAAUAUAUUUUGGAUAGUGAGCAUUUAGUCAUACAUUUUGCCCCUCUUAAUAAACUUGUACCAUGAAAAAAAAACAAAAAAAACAAAAAAUAAAAUUUAAUUUACAGCAAAGAGUUUUAAAUGUUUCAUGUUCUAGACCAUGUUGUAAUAUAUGCUCUACAAAAAAUUAAACACAAACUAUCCACCCACUUGGAAACCAUUGACGCAAAUAUUGUUAGGUUAUUGUAAUUUUGUUAAACUUCCAAUACAAGAAAUAAAUCAAUUCAUACACCUUGACCUGUUUAAAUAUCAAUCAGUUAGGAAUCACUGCCCGUUGAUUUGAUUUUUUGAAUACGUCAUCUUCCAAUUGUGUAGUUUUUAUUUAUGUGUAGCAAGAGCCCUUUACUUGUGAACAGGAUUGCCAAAAAGUGUUACAUAUAGUUAAUUAAUUAUGUUUUAUAUCUGUUGGAUAAUAUUUCUUAAGAAAUAGCUAUCUAUUUGAUCGUAAUAAGUGGAAAAUCUCUUAAUCCAAACAAAUGACUGAUAAUUUCUUUUACAUUUAUCAAAAAUGAUUUGUCUCAACAUCUAUCAUCAUAGUUUGAAUGUUGAAUGGUUCCAUAAUACAACAUCAAACACAUUACUGGUAGCAGGCUGGAUUGAUAGAGUGGGCGAGCCACACAGUUUUGUAUUAUAUUUUGAGGGCAAAAAAAAUCUUGUUAUAAAAAUUUAGCUUAUUAUUUAUUAUUCAUACUUGUAUAAUUAUUAUAAGAAUAUUGUUUAAGUAUUCGUUAUAUGUGAAAAUUAUUUAUUGCUUUUAGUUGAUCUUAUGAAAUAUUUUAGUAGAAAAUUAGAAAACAUCACAUGACAGAAAAUGUAAAGAUGUUUAUAAUAAUUCUGUUGUAAAAUUGUUGUUUACAGUUAAAAAUUUGCGUCGAGAGUUGAAAAGUGUUUUGUGGAGUGAGACGAGUAGAGGAGGGGCCUUUAGUUUGCACCGUUGUCCGUGCCACCAGACUAAACUGAAACUACCGUGUACAUAGCAGGACAUGCUUCAGUGUUGCAUGGUUAGAUCUAGGUUUUUGUACAGUCUAAGCCGUGUUCCACUAGGGAACAGUUAUAUAUAUACGUACUUUAUUUCAUGUGUGUUGUGUUUAUUCAGUCUCACAUAUCUGUGUAAAAAUAUGAUGAUUUUUUGUUAAUAAGCAGAUGAUGUAGCGAGGUUCAAAUCCUACAGCGAAUUUCCACUGAAGUAUGAUUGUUAAAAUGACCGAAGCUAAAGAAACUUCAAAAUAGGAUGUUAACAGUAAUAUCUUGACAUUUUGGAUUAAAAUUAUUCCACCUCUGGAAGAUAACACAAUUAAAAUUCUAAUCCUAACUAUGCAUAUUUUAAAGAAAAUUUUAAAGUACAAAGCUUUAGUUUUAAGCAUUGAUUAAGCAAACAUAUUUUUAUUCCGUAGAAGAAUUCACAUCCAAACAAGUCAUAAUAUAGAAAUAUAAAUUCCAACCUAUAAACAACAUGCAGUGUGCUAAUAUUGGAAAUUCGCUAGAAUUCAUAAGUCAAAUAGUAAAACUGUUGGUUUACCACAACUGUUCCUACGUAUUAAUAUUGUCAAUUUUAACUCUUCGUAACAUCAUAGCUGUGGAUUUAUGUUGUGAAACAUGUCAAGUACAAACUAAUAAUGAUAGGAGUUUAUUGUUUGAGUUUGAUUUUGCAAGGUCAAAUACUGCCAUUUUCUUUACUUUUAUAAGCUAAUGAAAAUUAAAUCUUUUUCAAUAGUUACUUUGCUAACUUAUGUGUAUGUGUCUAUUUUAUUUUUGUACGUUUACACCCCCUUAGUUGAUGGUCACAUCACUUAAACGAUCCUAAUAUAUGUGCUGUACAGUUUUAAUAUGAAUUAAUUUUAACAGGGUAUUUAAACCCAUUUGUUGUCAUGCCUAAUAGUUUUAACGAUUUCAGUAGACUUUUGAAUCAAGACUUAUUUGUAAGUAGUGGUUUUCGUAAAAUACUGGUUAUGACAAUAGAGUUUUAAAGCAUUCAUCACUGAUGUAUAAGACUAGAAGGCUAUUUAAAGUUGUAUACAAAAUAUACGUUGUUUAAAUUAAUAUAUUAUCAUAGACAUCAUAAAUUUUUACAUGUGCAUUUAAAAUGUGAAAUUGUAAAUUGUUUUGAAAUAUACAUUGAACAGUU